CUAUUUCUUGAACUUUCAAUAAAAUUUCCAAAUCUCUCCACUCCGUAUUUGAAAUCCACCGCCUCCCACCAUAGGCUAUAUAUAAGAAGACUAGGCCUGGCAAUGAAAUCCACAAUUCCAUUCGAUCGAUCAUCGCGUGGAAUCUACGCCGGAAAAUAUGGCGGCGACCACCGCGCGAAUCACAGACAUCAAAUGCUAUUCUGUAGUAAACCCUAACUUGGGGCAACUCUGCCUGAGAAGAAUCGUUAGAGCGGCGGCGUCUUACGGUGGUCCUCCUCACAAUCCGUCAUUCUCCGCCGCCGCCCCGCUAGGCCAAUCCCGCGUGAAUCUCAGAUUCGAUCUGGCUUCGGUAUUGUCUUCCGAGGUACAAGCUUUUGCCUUCUUCUCUAACAAAUUGUCCGAAAAUUUCGGACUCACUUUUCUCGAGUGUGCCACACUCGCCGCCGUUAUGGCGCGCUCUGCUCUCCACGCGAUCCGCGCGGGCUGCGGCCCCGGGCUGCUCUUGAUGACUCAGAUAGAGGCUGAGUUCAUCGACGGCGGCCUCAUUCUCAACCCUGCCGCCGCCCGUUUCCCCACCGCACGAAGAGGAGGAGGGCUGUCUGCACGAUUUCCGCUGCCGCCGUCGCGCAGAGAGGCUGAGUUUAUCGACGGCGCCUUCAUUCUCAACCCUGCCGCCGCCGCCGCCACCCGUUUCCCGACUGCAAGAGGAGGAGGCGGAGAAGGGAUGUCCGAGCGCGAAAUAUGUUCCCUGAAAAGAGGGCCGUUUGCCGGAGCGGAGGAGGAGGUCUGCAGUAUCUGCCUGGACGAGUUCCGCCGCGGGUCUUCGGUGGUCACUACCCUGCCGCCGCCGUGCGGCCAUGUGUUCCACAGCCGCUGUAUCGCCGGGUGGCUGCGCAGGAACAGGACGUGCCCUGUUUGCCGGAGAAGAGUUGCUUAAUUGCCGGAUUUGAUGAUUAAUUUCACUCUGUAAUGAUCAUUUUUGGAAUGGGUGUCUGAAAUCAUGAAUUGCCACAUGAACAAUUCGUGUUUUUUUAAAAAAUUUAGGUUUUGCAGAAAUUCUUUAGAUUCUUUGGAUUGAUUGUAACAAGUUGUCAGUCUCCACGAAUUGAUUAAUGAUAUUCUUUCUUGAUUUUCAAUGAGUAAAUUCUUUUUUUGGGU